AUGAAGGCACAAACCUCCUUGAUAAGUACGGCGCUGAGAAGCAGAUGGACUUGCGUGGCGUGUCGACAGCGGCAGCAGCAGCUGGUGCAAUCCCGCAAGCUCUCGACCUCGAUUUUUCAGCGUGAUCCUCUGCCACAAGACAGCCGCGAUAAGCGACUGCGGGAGUCUGUAGUCGGAAGCAUCAGGCCACUGCAUACCUCCAGGCCCCUUGGCCACGAAGCAGACGAGCAACGCCAAGCGGUGCCAUUAGGCGACUUCUACACCGAUCUUCUGGCAAACCCCACUCCCGCGAGUAACAAGUCCCAAGGGGAAAAGGAGACGAGCCUUCCUACCUUCGUCCAGUCAGGAGACAAAACAAAAGAAGAGAGGGCUAAAAUGCUCUUUGGCUCGAUCGAGGGCUCAGGGUACGAGCGGCACACUUAUGACAAACCAGAUAAUACGUGGAGGACGAUCAAUGGUGUGCCCGUACCACCCAGGCCUGCUGAACCGGACAACUGCUGCAUGAGCGGCUGCGUACACUGUGUUUGGGACGACUAUCGGGACGACAUCGAGUCUUGGGCUUCUCGAGUUGCAGAGGCACAGGCGAAAUCGCCCAAGAAGCGCUCGCAUCCAAGCGCUCCCAAGAUCGAGAUGUCCAGGCCAGAGGUAGACCACGCCUCGGGCAGUAUGGACGACGACGGUGGCGGGAGCGAGGCUCUGUGGACCACACCUUCGAGCUCCGCCGAUGAGGACGACGUUCUCUUCCAAGGCAUUCCUGUCGGUAUUCGGCACUUUAUGGCCACGGAGAAGAGGAUCAGAGAGCGUAGACGUGCAAAGAGGGAGAAAGGUGCAUCGGCGGAUGAUUACGAGUGA